AUGGACAAUUUAUGGAAGAAAGACACCGGGAAAACUGGACAUGGAUACGUCGAUCUGUUCACACCUCUAAUGUGCUUGAACGCUAGCUUGAACGAGCUCGAUUCCAUCGAGAAGUUAAUGCAUUCCAUGGAAUUAGGCGAAUUGCCACAAAUUCAGAAGGACAAUCAACAAUCGACCGAAUGGCGCUUGAAAGGAAACACACUGUUUGGUCAACAAAAAUGGGAGGAAGCAGCAAUUUGCUACAACAAGAGCUUGUGUUUUGCUGAAGUUGGAACAGAAAAUGUUGCAUUAGCAUAUUCAAACAGAUCAGCAUGUCUCUUCCGCGUUCAUAUGUAUAAUGAAGUCUUGAUCGACAUUGAUCUUGCCAUUAGAGCUAAGUUACCCGCUCACUUGCUACCGAAGUUGGAACAACGUAAAAAAGAUACGUUGAAGCUGAUGUCAAUUAUUAAACGUAAGGAGGAAUCGAAACCAAAACUAAGUUACAUAGCUGACAAGAAUUUUCCGUGCAUGGCAAAUGUCGUCGACAUAAAAUACAACGAGGAAUUCGGUCGUCAUUUGGCUGCAAAGCAAGACAUUCCGGCUGAUAAAGUUGUUCUGGUGGAAGACAUUCUUCGAGUCGCGGAUAAUCCAUGGGAAUGUCAUUCAUGCUCAAAGAUAUGCAUGAAUUGUAUCGCCUGUCCAAACUGCCCCGAUAUUAUGUUUUGCGGCGUUGAUUGCAUAAAUAAGUGUAAAACUCAUAAUUUCGAGUGUGGUACGUUUUUCCCGAAUCUACAAGUAUCAGAUAGAUUUCUGAUCAAAUCACUUUUGUUCGCCAUCACCACUUUUCCCAACGUGGACAGUCUGAUGCAGUUUGUUGAGGCUGCAUUGCUCGAAAGACCCGAAACAUUACCGACAUCAAUGAGAGAUCCCGAGUCAAAGUAUCAUUUCUUCUUCAAACUUUCAACAUCGGCACCAUAUCCUCUUGGUUCAACGGUGGCUAACAUGGCUUAUAUGUAUGUGAAUAAUUUGCCAAAAGAACCGAAUCGUUUGGAAAUAAUCGAGAAUUUAUAUCUAAAUUAA